CUGGGCAGCGAUCCGUUUCCAGCUGAGCGUGAUGAGGCUGUAAUUCUCAUGAAGGGAGCGGAUUUGCUCCUCUCUCAUUGGUAUUCCUAGAAUCCACGUCGAGAACCGGCCUGGCCUAUUUUGCAGUGGGCAGAAAGCAUAUGAUGUUAUUUAGCGGGAUUAGGAGGGUUGAGGGAUCCUCAUUUCCUGCGGGGGGAUGCUGAGAUGGUCGGCGCGGGGCAGGACGGCCCAUGGUUCGAUGGCUGACGGGGCUUUUCUUCUCCGUGGAUGCUGCCCGUGGCUGUUCACACCUCGCACACCGCAGAAAAACGUGCCAGCAGACGUAGCAGUUGCCGAAGCAGCAAUAGGAAGAGCUUAGUGGUUGGCACCCCCUCUCCGACCCUCUCGCGGCCUCUCUCCCCUCUCUCCGUGCCAACAGCGGGGAGCAGCCCCUUGGACAGCCCACGCAACUUCUCCGCCAGCACCUCCAUCAACUUCCCCUUCGCCCGCAGCCAUGCUCCUCGGACUGACAGGGCUGAUGGCAGAAGGUGGUCUCUGGCUUCGCUACCCUCCUCUGGCUAUGGGACCAACACCCCCAGCUCCACUGUUUCGUCAUCUUCGUCCUCCCAGGAGCGCCUGCACCAGCUGCCGUACCAGCCCACCCCCGACGAGCUGCAUUUCCUUUCUAAGCAUUUCCGCAGUACGGAGAGUGUCACGGACGAGGAGGGGCGGCACUCGCCCUGCCUGCGCCCACGAUCCAGGAGCCUCAGCCCUGGGCGGACGAGUGGAACGUUCGAUAAUGAGGUUGUGAUGAUGAACCAUGUCUACAAGGAGCGAUUCCCCAAGGCCACAGCCCAAAUGGAAGAGCGUCUGCAGGACACCAUCAGAAACUUCUCUCCAAGCAGCACUCUGCCUCUGGCAGACGGGGUGCUGGGCUUCAUCCACCACCAGAUCAUCGAGCUGGCCCGUGACUGCCUGGCAAAGUCCCAGGGAGCUCUCAUCACCUCCCGCUACUUCAUGGAGCUGCAGGAAAAACUCGAGAAGAUGCUCCGAGAUGCUCAGGAGCGUUCAGAGAGUGAGGAGGUGAAGUUUAUCGACCAGCUGGUGAGGAAGCUGCUGAUCAUCAUCUCCCGUCCUGCUCGCCUUCUGGAGUGCCUGGAGUUUGACCCGGAGGAGUUUUACCAUCUCCUGGAAGCUGCAGAAGGCCAUGCCAAAGUUGGCCAGGGAAUAAAGACCGAUAUUCCCCGAUACAUCAUCAGCCAACUGGGGCUUGUCAAGGACCCACUGGAGGAAAUGGUCCAGCUGGAUCACUUUGACAGCGGGAACACCAUCACACCGGAGAACGAUGAUGCCUGUGAGAGCCAGCCUUUGGUCACUGCUCCUCGGAGGAAGCCCUGCGAGGGAGACUUUGAGACCAUCAAGCUGAUCAGCAACGGGGCUUACGGGGCCGUGUACCUGGUGAGGCACAGGGAGACGCGGCAGCGCUUUGCCUUGAAGAAAAUCAACAAGCAGAACCUCAUCCUGAGGAACCAGAUCCAGCAGGUGUUCGUGGAGAGGGACAUCCUCACCUUCGCGGAGAACCCCUUCGUGGUCAGCAUGUUCUGCUCCUUCGAGACGAAGCGACACCUCUGCAUGGUGAUGGAGUACGUGGAAGGGGGGGAUUGUGCCACGUUGUUGAAGAACAUGGGCCCACUGCCCGUCGACAUGGCGAAGAUGUACUUUGCUGAGACCGUUCUUGCACUGGAGUAUCUCCACAACUACGGCAUCGUCCACCGGGACCUCAAACCCGACAAUUUGCUCAUCACCUCCAUGGGCCACAUAAAGCUGACAGACUUCGGUUUGUCAAAGAUCGGCUUGAUGAACAUGACUACGAACCUCUACGAAGGGCAUAUGGAGAAGGACACGCGGGAAUUCAUGGACAAGCAGGUGUGUGGCACUCCGGAGUACAUCGCCCCAGAAGUCAUCCUCAUACAGGGCUACGGGAAGCCUGUUGACUGGUGGGCCAUGGGCAUCAUCCUCUACGAGUUCCUGGUGGGCUGCGUCCCCUUCUUUGGGGACACCCCUGAGGAGCUCUUCGGGCAGGUCAUCAGUGAUGAAAUUAUGUGGCCAGAAGGAGACGAAGCUCUUCCCGCGGACGCCCAGGACCUGAUCACGCGGUUGCUGAGGCAAUGUCCCCUCGAGCGCUUGGGCACCGGGGGUGCGCACGAGGUGAAGCACCAUUCCUUCUUCCUCCACCUGGACUGGAACGGCUUGCUGCGGCAGAAGGCUGAGUUCAUCCCCCAGCUGGAGUCGGAGGAUGACACCAGCUACUUCGACACUCGCUCCGAGAGAUACCGCCACUUGGAUUCGGAGGAUGAAGAGACCAACGACGAGGAAUCAUCUGUGGAGAUCGGGCAGUUCUCCUCCUGCUCCCAUCGCUUCAGCAAGGUGUACAGCAGCUCUGAAUUCCUGGCGGCUAACUCCAACCUCAGCCUCUCGUCCUCUGACCGCAGUCACAGCGAGGACAAAGAGGAGCGAUGGGACAGGCACUCAGGAGACGAGGACAGGAGCCGGCUGGCGGGCACAGAGCCCCGGCUCCGCUCCUGGACGUCCUGCAGCUCCACGCCGUACACCUCCCGGCAUGAGCGAAGCCGCAGCCCCGCCGCGCUGCCCAGCACCUACAGCCUGGACACCAUGCCCAAGUUUGCCUUCUCCUCGGAGGAUGAAAGCCCUUGCGUGGCAUUUUCCAAGCCAGAGAGACCCAAGUUUGUGCUGGGAGACCCUGACGCAGGGACCGGCGGCGCGGCGAAGCCAGCAGCACUAUCUGCCGAUCUCGUCAGCCUGAACCGCAUCCGCCUCCGGAGCAACAGCACUGGCACCAAAAAUUCCACUCCCCGGGGCCUGGAGCCGGGCGGGAGCCGUCGGCUGAGCAGCCAGAAGGAUGUGCCAGACAGGCAGAGAGCCUCGCCGGGCAGCCGCGUCCCCAAAUCCGCCUCCGUCUCAGCGCUCUCCCUCAUCAUCACCUCAGACGACUUCGGCGGCGGCGCCCUGAUGAGCCCCAUCUCCCCCCACUCCCUCUCGUCCAACCCCUCUUCCCGUGAUUCCUCCCCAAGCCGAGACUCAUCCCUCGCCAUCGCCAGCCUGCGGCCCCCCAUCAUCAUCCACAGCUCGGGCAAGAAGUACGGCUUCACCCUGCGAGCCAUCCGCGUCUACAUGGGGGACAGCGACGUCUAUACCGUUCACCAUAUGGUCUGGAGCGUGGAAGAGGGGAGCCCUGCGCAAGAAGCAGGGCUGAGAGCGGGCGAUCUCAUCACACACGUGAACGGCGAGUCGGUGCUGGGUUUAGUUCACCGGGACGUGGUGGAGCUGCUGUUGAAGAGCGGGAAUAAAGUGGCCCUGCGGACCACUGCCCUGGAGAACACCUCCAUUAAAAUCGGCCCCGCUCGGAAAAACAGCUCCAAGACGAGGAUGGCACGGAGGAGUAAGAAGAGCAGGAAAAGGGACAGCCAGGACAGGAGAAAAUCCCUUUUCAAGAAGAUCUCCAAGCAGUCGUCAGUCCUGCACACCAGCCGCAGCUUCUCCUCCGGUCUCCAUCACUCGCUGUCCUCCAGCGAGAGCCUCCCGGAGUCCCCCACGCACAGCCUGUCCCCGGGUCCCACGACACCCUGCCGCAGCCCCGCUCCCGACCUGCCCCCAGAUGCUGUGUCCCCCCAGAGCACCUCGCCCUCUUCCAGCACCCCGACGUCACCUGCCGGCCACGUGCGCCCCAGCUCCCUGCACGGGCUGGCACCCAAACUGGGUGGGCAACGCUACAAAGUGGGACGCCGCAAAUCCACCAGCAGCAUCCCCCCCUCGCCCCUCGCCUGCACCCCUUCCUCCACCCAGCGCCCACCUUCUCCCCAACGCUCCCCAUCCCCGCUCCCCGGAUACCCCAAAACCCCCCAUUCCUUCCAGGGCAAGACCCUGUCCCCCCCCACCAUCGUCCGGCAGAGCUCACGACCCCGCAGUGCCGACUGUCCCCGUUCCCCCCUCCUCAAACGCGUCCAGUCGGCUGAGAAAAUCGUCACCAUCCUGGCGGAGAAGAAAACCGUCGGCAGCCGCAAGCUGGGGCUGGAGAUGCCUGCGCUGGAUGGGGAGGCCAACGGGGAGGGCGAUGCACUGGCACACCCCGGGGACCACGGUUAUCACCCUGCCAGUUCCCGGCUCGGGGAGAGGCACGACCGGGACCAGGAGAUGGUGGUCAUGCGGCGCUUGAACCUCUCCGAGCGCCGGGACUCCUUCAAGAAACAAGAAGCGGUCCAAGAAGUGAGUUUCGAUGAGCCGGAGCCGGCGCCGGGAAGCGAAGAGGGCGGCAAGAGUGAAGCCGGGCAGGGCGUAGCCCUCCAGGGUGGCUACAAGGCCAGCGUGGAGCCGAAGGCGAAGGCCAGCCCGGUCCCGCAGAUCGCGGUGCAGGGCUCCGAGAGCGACGAGCAGGAGCCGGCGGCGGCCGAGUGGGAGUGCCAGGGCUCCUACCCCAUCGACAGCGCCGAGCGCCCCGACGCCAGCAUCUCCCUGCCGUGGCGGGAUGGAUGCGAGCAUCGG